AUUUAAUCGAUAAUUCCGCGGUCACACUGCUAUUCUGUCAUCAGGGGUUCGUUGAAAAUUUUUCGUCUAACAUUUUGGAACAACAAAGGCCGAAUAUCCGAUACGAUUUCAGAGUCCUCACAUACCAAGAGUCAGAGUAAAACAAGCACAAAAACAAACACAGGCAAGCCAGCAGGCAGGCAAGACAAGGCAGCCAGCCAGCCAGCAAGCAGGCAAAGCCAUCAAACGACGGAUAAUCCAGCCUGGAUAAUAGAAACAGCCUACGGAAGCGAAUGCGGAGAAACAUCAUCUGAUCUUGGCCGGCAAUCGUCAUCUCUUCUCUCCUAGUGGACAAACGCAAACAAUUUCGAAUUGCAGAUCAACCCGACAUGUCGGCCGCUCGCUUGCCCUACUAUCAGCAGGAUCAUCCGACGGACCAGCAGCGGCGCGGUGGACGCGGCCAGCGCGGCUAUCCCGAGCGCCAUGCCUCCGGCUCGCAUAGACGGGAUCGUAGCCGCUCCGUAGAGCGGCGACGCUACAGUCGCAGUCGCUCUCACUCUCGAUCUCGCAGUCGUUCCGCAGAGCGUUCGGGCCAACGGCGACGACGUGACGAGCGGAACGACGAGCGACGUCAACAGCAGCCGACGCGCUACCAUCGCGAAAGGGACUCCAGGGAGCGUUCACGGGAUCGGGACCGUGAACGCGAACGCGACCGCGACUACUCCAGACGCUCUGGACAUUAUUGUCGUUCAGACUCGCCUGCGUCCGGUAGCGGAGUCGGAGUCGGAGGCAGUCUCAGUUCCAGUUCCAGUCAGCGACGCCAUCGCCAAUCAUCUGGAGAUCCGAAUGGUGCACAUCCGAAUUCACACAAUGAGGCCCAGCCAGCUAACAGCAGAUCCCAUGCCAUGUCCGCGGUGGGCGCCUAUUACAACCUAGACACAGAGGAGCCAUUCGACAAGGAGCGAAUUCAUCGUGAAAUGGAGGAGAAGCUGCGCGAAGCCCUGGCCAGAGAGGGCAAAGUGUAUCCGCCACGCAAGCCUGAGCCGCCGUCGCAUCCAGUCUUUGCCAAUGAUGGCUCGUUCAUGGAGCUGUUCAAGAAAAUGCAGUCGGAGAAGAGGCAGCAGCUGCAGCUGCAGCUGCAGGUCGGCCAGGACUAUCAGUUGGAGAGCAGUGUGCUCGCAUCGGGCAGUACGGAACUGCAGCCACCGAUAGAGGCUCAUCCGGGCAUACCCUGCCUUCCCGCCAUUGCAGUGGGAGCUGUAAGCAGUGCGACAGCGCCCUACAUUGCCGCAGCGGCAGCCGGAAAGUCUGCCCCACCGCCACCCAUGGUGGGUAGGCGGCGCGGCGGCAAGGUGCUAAAGACCGGCAUGGUGGCCAAAUUGAAGACACAAAAUGAACAGGAAGUGGAUCCGAAAGACUUUUGGUCACUGUAUCUAGCCGAGGUCAACAAAUACAAAAGCAAUGCCUGUGACACGGACAAUGGCAAGCGUCCGUUGGUCAAGUAGGGAACAAAAGUGGAAAAAUAAACUUGAACGCAGAAGACACUACCACGCUCCCUUCAGGAGCGAUCCUUCCCUCCUUCCUUGCUUUAUUCCCCGCACCACAGCCACCAGCCAGACUCAGACUCCACGCUCGAAACAAUCCGAUCUAGGCAAACACGCGCGCGCCUGCAAGCUCACAUUUAGAUUACUUAUGCAAAUGAUGAUAGAAGUCGUAGGAUUCGCAGUGAAUUGUAGUUUCCAAAAUGUAAAUUACGAUCAAUCGAUGGAUGUUUUUUUAAGUUUUUUUUUAUAUACAUAUAUACAUAUGUAUGUAUAUUAGUAUGUAAGUUUGAUACACGUUAAGGGACGAAGCCGUAGCCGCUGCCUCAGUAUAAGAAUACAAAUGAUUGAACAUAGAAUAGCUCAUAAGUAUCGUAGCAUAGUUGAUUUAUACGAAUUGUAUGUGUAACUCUUUCUACUUAUAUUAUAUAUAUACAUACAUAC